AAGGAGCUUAUGAUUGUUGCAGAGGAGAUUGAAAUAUGUGAAGGAGAAUUAAUGAAGCUGAAUACUUACUACAAUGACAAAGAAAGUCUUCUUGCUAGGCAAGCAGCACAACUUAUAAUUUUAAAACAGAAACAAGGUACAUCACAUUAACUUAUAAUCAUCAAUUAUGAUAAUUUUAGAAUUUAUCAACAGUAGCAUGCAGGCAUCAGGUUUUAAAUCUAAAGUCAAACAAAUGGAAAGAGAAAAGGCUGCAAGUACAAAAAAGCGAAUGUUACUAAAAGAAAAUGAACAUUUACAAUCUACUCUGAGGAUCAGAAUAAGUCAAAAGGAAGUACUACAAGACAAUGAAAAGGAGAUUGGGAAACUACAGGAAAGUAUAUCAUCUAUUAGUGUAAAAUUGUUAGAAAUGCAAACUUCAAAUUCUUACACUAAAGAAGUGAAAUCCACACAGACAGUGCUAUCAUCCAAUGGAUCUAUCUGUGAAGCUCAAGAUGAUUAUAAUGACCCAGUUAUUUCAUUCAAAAAGGGUGAAUUAUUUAAGCUAAGUACUAAUGGACAUCAGAUGCAAUUACUGGAGACUGGACAGAAGAGAGUUGUUCCAAUGAAAUACAUUGGAUACUCAAGAGUAGAAUUGCUUUACUUGUUUCAGUUUGCAAUAACAAAGGAAGGAUUAUCCCUCCUGCCUGCUUUCCUUGAUGAUGAUGAAAAAGCAGAAGAUUUUGUACAAAAAAUUACCACUGAUGCUACUCUACUACAAUCAUUGAGGGAAUUGAUCACAAAGGAUAAAUUAUUUAAGGCUAGUUAUAAUUUUGAAGCACAAACCUCACAAGACUUAACUUUGAAGAAAGGAGAAGUACUUGAAGUUGUUAAAUAUGAAGGCGGGUAUUGGUGGUAUAUGCAUUCAUUUCAUACAGACAAUAAAGGAUAUGUUCCAAUUAAUUAUGUAACACCAAUUGAAGGAAAAUGCUCACCAAUGUACUACAAGUACAUCUACUAUCAUACAGUGAGUCGUGAUGAAGCAGAGGAAAGACUGAGUCAAGGAGACACUCAAGAAGGUACUUUCAUAAUUAGAGAGAGCAUACCUGGAACGAAUACUCUCUCGGUUAAAGGUGAAGUCACUAUCAGGCACUACCGUAUAUCCAUUGAGAAUAAUAAGUAUUAUAUAUACCCUCAUGUCAAGUUUGACUCACUCAAUGACCUGGUACGUCACUACAUGAUGAAAGCUGAUGGUCUGAUCUGCUCACUAACAGUUCCUAUACCCAAACAAGCAAACAUACCCGUUGCAAUGAAUAAAGAGUGGGAAAUUAACAAGUCACCAAUCAAGUUUGAACAAUGCAUACAUGCAGGACACUUUGGAGAGAUGUGGAAGGGUGAUUGGAAAGGCAUGGGGUCGGUUAUGAUUAAGACAAAUAUAGCAGCAAAUAUUACACAAGAAAUUAAUUUUAUUAAAGAAGCCAAAAUAAUGAAAAAACUUAAUUGGCAUCAAAAAAUCAUCAGCCUAUAUGGUUUUUGUACUGAAGACUAUCCAUUUUACAUUGUAACAGAGCCAAUCAAUGGAAACCUCAAAGAUUAUUAUUGUGCUACACCAACAGAGCUGGUGGAUAUCACUAUUCAAGUUAUUAAUGGUAUGAUUUAUCUAGGAGAACAGGAUUACAUUCAUUGUGAUCUAAGAGCCAUCAAUAUACUAUUAGGAGAUCAUAACACUGUCAAGAUAGCAAACUUUCAUCUUGCUCAACACCUCAAUGGCAAUAAAUACUGGACUGUUGAGAAAGGAACUAAGCUAGCUAUAAGAUGGACAGCACCUGAAGGAUACACUUUAAACCAACUGAGUAUUAAAUCUGAUGUUUGGUCAUUUGGUAUAUUACUAUGGGAACUGGCUACCAAAGGAAAGGAACCAUAUCCUGGUAUGACUAAUGAAGAAAUAAAGGAGGCAGUAUUAAAAGGUCAUCGUAUGUUCAUAUCCCGAGAUUGUUCUGAACCAUUCCCACAACUUAUGCUAAACUGUUGGAAGCAUAAUGAUGAUGAGAGGCCAAGCUUUAAAAAUAUUUUGGCCGAACUUAUUGAGCAUAGAUAGCAUUCAUAAUGUAUUUUUGUU